AUGAAUUUUCCGUAUGAGAAGCCCCAUUGCCCUUCGGUGCCACUUCAGCAAUACUUUCUAACGACUCAGAUCCCUGGUCAACAUUUCAUCUGCAACCAUUCGAACUGGUAUCUCCAACCAACAUUUUAUCCCAUGCCUACAACGGAAUGUUACUUUCCCCUUUUAUUUCAUGACGUUGGAAUGAGUAACACGACCUCACCAAUGUUCUCGCCUCUUCAAACAAAAGGAUCGGAACAGAACAUGCCCUUUUUUAAGACCUCGAACUUCGAACAACCUUGCUCAAAUAACCUAAACCACAAAAAAAAUGGUGAAAUAAUCCAUUCAGUAGUACCAGGACCUGGAGAGGCGACUGUGCUGCCAAUGCUGGGUUCUGAGACGCAGUCCUCUUAUGCAUCUCAAUUUGGUGCUGCAUCGUCGUCCUCAGCAUCAUUUCCUCGAGUUCUUGGCGCUGGUGUUAAGUCUUCAUUUACUCCUCAUGGCGAGGGUAACGUGAAAUCCCUAGAAUGCCGUACAUCCUCCAUGGAAGCAUUAAAGGUUACAUUUGCUAAUGACCUACCAAACAAUGAACUCGCUCUGAUGAGUGAAGCAAAGGUAUCACACAAACCGACAAAAUAUCCAGGCUCAGUGAGGCCACUUAGUGGGAGCUCUGAUGAACAAAAACGUGUUGAUGAUAUCACUGAGCGUCUAAGUCAGCGUCUUCAUUUGGAGGGUCCUGAACCAUCUACGUCUUCCCUCCAGUUACCAUUGGAAGUUAUUGCUAGCAGCUCUCUGAAAUUUAGGUCGAAACGCGGCAAGAGCCAUCACAAGGCCAAGUUUGAAUCAUCGCAAAGUCUCUCUCACGACAAACAAGCCGAUUCUCCUUUUUUGACCGCCGAAUCCCAUGUUUCGCUGUGCCAAUUUUCGCAAGAAAAUCCCGAACAUUGUCCUUUUUUGCACUUAAAGGCACCUGCUUAUUUUGGCAGAACGGGUACGCUGACUUCGUGGGCUGCCGUAGCAGCUGAAGCACCGAACUUCAGAAAGUCAGAAUUGCGAGUGCUGAAACGCACCGAGCCACUUCCGCCCGCUGCUGCUCCAACUCCUAGCACCGCCUUACCUUCACGAAUAAAAAGGAGGGCGCUUCGAACGCAACGUGAUCCACGGCGUGGUGGUCAUCUUACUGACUUCAUGAAGGAACGAAUGCUUUUACGCUACCGCAGCCUCCUGGCUCAAAGCACGGAGCCUAGGCGACGUGGCAAGGAGCGCUUGACCCCUAAGAAGAAGCCCCACUCCCAUCUUAAAGCCGGUAUCCUUCGAGAUCGCCUCGUUAGGAGCAUGUUGAGACAACUAACACAUUCGUGCGAAGAACAUUCCACUCCUGCCGAGGCCACACGCAAUGUUGUGAAGAUCGUUUUGCCAGUUAUCCCGGACUUGGAGGCACCUAUAGAGGAGAUGGUAAAAAAGCUAGCGGAAUUCCAUGAUCGAGCCUACAAACAAAGAGCUGGCGCACCUGCAAAGCGAAAGAACGCUCGUCGCAUUGUCUGUGGCUUUCAUGAAGUUGUAAAAGGCCUCAAGCUGAACAAACUCAAAUUUCUCAUUAUCGCCAACGAUCUUGAAAAAGGCGCCUAUGAAAUAGAGGAGGAGUCCGCAAAUCAAUCGGAGGAAGCAGCCAAUCUGCCGAAAAAGUCGAAUGCUUUGGCCAAAACACUCAAACAAGCUGUUGACAUGGCCCGUGAACGAGGAUGCCCAGUGAUGCUGGCCUUCAAACGACGUUAUCUGCAGAGGCUAUGCCAUAAAGGUGCUGCAGUGAGCUGCGUGGGUGUGAUAAACGUUGCUGGCGCCGAGGACAUGGCAAAGGCGAUCAUCGAAAAGUACCGCGAAGCGGUUGAUGCAUCUGGCCAGCAACACCUCACUGUGCCUUGA